AUGUCUGAUGCUAAAAAAAGGCGUAUUCAGACCAGUAAGGAUCCUGAGGUCUGGCAGAAAUGGUUUAAUGAACUUCCAAGUGAAUUCGAAAACUCAUCUGAUGAAAAUGAUUAUGAUGAUGAGGGAGAUGAUUAUGAAGAUGAAGAUGCGGUUGAAGAGAGUAACCACGAUACAGAUUCUGAGCUGGAAGUUUCAGAGGAUGACGAACUUUUAGACGAAGAAGAGAAUUCAAGCUCAAGCCACCUGUCUGGCUAUUAUAUAGGAAAAGACAAAAUUACCAAAUGGCGGAAGAAUCCGCCUAACUUGCAAGUUCGUUUACGUUCACAUAAUAUUGUGAAACACCUACCAGGCACUAAGGGAAAUGCUCGUAAUGCGACAACACCAAUCGAGUGUCUAAAAUUGUUUAUAAAUGAAAUCAUUGUGCGUAUCAUAACAAUAUCAACGAAUAUUUACAUCGACAAUAUUCAAAACAGAUUUCAAAGAGUUCGAGAUGCGAGAAAAACGGAUGAGAGAGAAAUGAGUGCCUUCAUAGGAAUUUUGUUUCUUAUUGGAACUUUUAGGAGUUCAAGAAAAAAUUUGAAAAAAAUUUGGGACAAUUCUAGGGGAAGUGGUAUUGAAUCCUGUUAUCUCGCAAUGAGUGAGAACAGAUUCAGGUUCCUUCUGAGAUGUGUGAGGUUCGACAAUGUGGAGACCAGAAAUGAAAGAAGAGAGCUUGACAAAUUGGCUCCUAUUAGGGAACUUUUUGAGAAUUUCUUAGUGAAUUUUCAAGCGAAUUUCAUUCCAAGCGAGUUCCUUACGGUUGAUGAACAACUCUUGGCUUUCAGAGGCAGAUGUGGUUUCAAACAGUUUAUACCGAGCAAGCCUGCUAAAUAUGGAAUAAAAAUGUUCGCUCUAGUUGAUGCCAAAACAUCGUAUACAAUGAAUUUGGAAACUUAUGUUGGGCUCCAGCCAGAGGGCCCUUAUAAACUGAAUAAUUCAGGUGAAGAAAUUGUUCUUCGAUUGGUACAACCAAUUGCUGGCACCAAUCGUAAUGUUACUGGAGACAAUUGGUUCAGUAGUGUACCGCUAGUCGAAAAACUCCUGAGGCACCAUAAGCUAACAUAUAUCGGUACACUACGAAAAAAUAAACGGGAAAUUCCACCAGAGUUCCUACCGCACAAGAAAACAGAAGAAAAGUCCUCCAUUUUUGGUUUCAAAGAAGAAUGUACCCUCGUUUCCUAUUGUCCCAAGAAAAACAAGUCUGUGCUAUUAUUGUCAUCUAUGCAUCACUGUAAAACGAUAGAUGUGGAUACUGGAGUUGACAAAAAACCUAUUAUCAUAACCGAUUACAAUAGAACAAAAAUUGGGGUUGAUCUAGUAGAUCAGCUUUGCAACAAUUACAAUGUUGCCAGAAAUACUCGUCGCUGGCCAAUGGUAGUGUUCUACGAUUUAUUGAACAUUUCUGGUAUAAACGCUUUAUGCGUAUUCAAAGCAAAUCAUCCUAGACAAACUGUAUCUCGAAGUGAAUUUUUAGAAAAAUGUGCAUGGGAACUGAUCAAACCACAAAUCGAGGUCCGAUCAACAAUUCUGCAAUUGCCCGUAGAAAUUAGGCGACGCGCCCGACAUCUGCUAGGUGUAAGUGAGGUCUUACCCGCUCCCCCAAACAGGCCACAAAAUUAUGUUGGACGCUGCCUUAUAUGCCCCAGAUCCGAUAACAAAUCCACACGAAAAUAUUGCUACAAAUGCAAUAGGUACACGUGUAAAAAUCACAUGAAGGAAAUAUGUGUCACUUGUAUGGCUGAAUAA